AUGUAUCUCGAUACUCGCGGAGAGAUGAUCUGCAUCGACUGUCUGCAUAUAAGCCUCAAUCGAAUUCUGUUACUCGCGGUUGGUUUAUGGCCUUAUCAGCAAUCGAAACUCGUUCAAGUUCAAUUAGGUCUGUAUAUUACUAUAAUAACAACUUUCAUUAUAUUUCAGUUUACAACAUUUUUAACUUCAAAAUGUACUCCAGAUCUUUUCAUCAACAUUUUCUCUUUUGUAUUAUUUCAAGCUAGUUUUAUCAUUAAAUAUGCCUGUUUUAAGAUUAACAUUAAUGUUGUGAAAUAUUUCUUGGACCAAUUACAGAACUUCUAUAAUGAGUUAACAGAUAAGAAUGAAUUCAUUAUUUUACAAAAAUAUGGCAUUUAUGCAAAACGUUACACGGCUGCAUCAAUACUGAUUUUCAUAUGCGCUGCAUCUGUUCCAAUUUUGCAUCCAUUUUGGCCGUAUUUUCACAAGAUUCUAUUAUCCAUAAAUGGGUCUCAAUCACAUCCUCGGCUGCUGUUUGUUACUGAAUAUUUUAUUGAUCAAGAAAAAUAUGUUUAUUUAAUUAUAUUGCACGGAUACACAGCUUUACUCAUAGGAACAACCACAAUGUUAGCGACAGGAACGAUAUUUAUAGUUUAUACACAGCAUGUCUGCGGAAUGUUUCGAAUCGUUAGUUAUCGUAUCGAGCAAGCAAUGACAGUCAAUACUUUGCGAAAAACGAACCUUCAAAACAAGAAUUUGAUUUACAAGAAAUUGAUUAAUGCCGUAUAUAUGCAUCGUGAAGCUAUGAAAUUUGCAGACUCAUCGGUGUCCAGAUUUAAAAUAAUGUUCUCUCUUCUUAUAAUAACUGGAGUAAUUUGUGGAAUCCUCAAUUUGUUACAAAUUUUUGAAACGUUUACAUUGGGAUACGAUUGUGAGAGAUUAAUAUUUCCCUGUAUAAUAAUGCUUACUUAUUUUUUAUAUAUGUCCCUAGCCAACUAUACUUCACAAAACGUUAUAGAUCACAAUAAUGAUGUGUUUGUUACUGUAUACAACAUUAAGUGGUACACAGCUUCAUUAAAGGUACAAAAAAUGGUACUGUUUUUAUUGCAAAGAGGUACCAAGGUUUUCAAUCUAAAUAUUGCUGGACUGUUUGUGGGAUCAUUGGAAGGUGCAGCCACGUUGUUGAGUACCGGAAUAUCAUAUUUUACUGUACUUUACUCUACACGAAAUUAACAAAAUGUGUCAAUUAAUAAUUUAUUGUUGGUCGAAUAACAAUAAUGGAAGUUGCUAAUACAUAAAUAAUA